AUAUAAAUAUAUUCAAAACCUCAGGUCGCGGAUCAUUUAAAUUCGUCGGACGACAGGUGCCCAAGCCAGCCUCAUAAAUGGCGGGCAACACCACUACAGUACUCCCGCAGUAGAUCCAAUCCCAUUAAAAGCACAUUUCCAUUUCUACCCCUCUCUUUCAUUUCUCUUCUUCCAAUCUCGAUCUCAGCUGCCCCAUCACAAAAUUUCAAAAUUCCAUGACUACCCCUCGCCCACCCCACGAGACGUGGGACGGCAUGCUCCCGGGCCCACCGAGCCGCAGCAACGGCGGAUGCGCGGACUGCAGUCCGUCGGGCCUCCUGGCGUACGGCUCCGGCAGCAGCGUCGUCAUUGUCGACACCCGGUCGAUGCAGCUCGUGUCCGCCAUCCCGAUGCCGGCCCCGUCCCCGAACUCCCUUGCGCCCUUCGUCACCUCCGUGCGGUGGACCCCACAGCCCCUCUGCCGCGACCUUCUCACCUACGAGCCAUCCAAUUCCCACCUCCGCCUCGCGGUCGGUGAUCGCCAGGGCCGCAUCGCUCUCCUUGACUUUCGCGCCGGCCACGUUGUGCUCUGGUUCGACUUCGAACACCCCGACCGCUCGUCCAAGCUCGGCGUCCAGGAUCUGUGCUGGGGCCGCUCCGAGUCCUGGCUCCUCGCGUCCCUCAGUGGGCCAUCCCUCCUCGCUCUCUGGAAUGCGUCCACCGGCCGCUGCAUCUGGAAGUACGAUGCCUCCCCCGAGUACUUCUCUUGCAUCCGCCGCGAUCCCUUCGAUUCUCGGCACCUGUGUGCCGUUGGCCUCAGAGGCUUCCUCCUCUCCGUUAAGAUCCUGGGCGAAAGGGGCGAAGACGAUGUCGUAAUUAUGGAGCAGCAGAUCCCUGUCGGCGACUACACUGCGGAGUUGCAGAAGCUUGAGAAGGAAGCUGCUGCGGCUCCAUUCUCACCUGCGCUGGCCGUGUUCCCGCUUUUCUUCGUGAAAUUGGGGUUCUCGCCUCACUGGAAGAAUAUUAUAUAUGUGAGUUUCCCCAAGGAGCUGGUCGUGUUCGAUCUGCAGUAUGGGGCGGCACUGUCCUCGACCACGCCUCCACGUGGGUGCGGGAAGUUCGUGGAUGUCAUGCCGGAUCUGGACAACGAUCUGAUCUACUGCGCUCACCUUGAUGGGAAGCUGACAGCCUGGAAACGGAAAGAAGGAGAACAGGUGCACAUGCUGUGUACAAUGGAAGAGUUAAUGCCGUCUAUUGGGACCACUGUUCCUUCUCCUACUGUUCUUGCUGUCGUCCCAUGCCAAUCGGAAUCUGCUCUUCAAAAUGUUAGUAGCAAUUAUUCUGAUGUACCCCAUACUUCUUCUCCAUAUGCUGUAAAUUAUGCUACUCCAGAUUUCUCCUGUGAGCCACUUGUUGUUUCCGAAGCAUAUUUGAUCUCCAUUUCUGAUGAUGGGAAGAUAUGGAAUUGGCUCAUAACUGCUGAAGGGGCUAGAGAUGUUAAAAAGACUACGUCAGAUUUGACCAUGCUUGCUGAUGUUGGCCAAUUGAGAAUUCCAGAUUCACAUGGUGAAUCAGCAGAUACUUCUGUUGAUGGAUCUGCACUGAGUGUUGUUGAAGAGUCUGAGCCUGUGAAUCGCAAUGUUAGCUGCCCAUCAAGCUCAACCUUUACCAAAUCAGAGUUGUCAUUGAAGAUCAGCUUGGUUGGCCAGCUUCAUUUACUUUCUUCAACUGUGACAAUGCUAGCUGUACCAUCUCCUUCUUUAACUGCUACUUUGGCUCGUGGGGGCAACAAUCCUGCAGUUGCAGUUCCACUGGUUGCAUUAGGAACACAAAGUGGAACCAUUGAUGUCAUUGAUGUUUCUGCCAAUGCAGUUGCGGCAAGCUUUUCUGUUCACAGUAGCAUUAUUCGGGGAUUAAGAUGGCUUGGAAAUUCUCGGCUGGUAUCAUUUUCAUAUGUUCAGGUGAAUGACAAAGUUGGUGGCUAUACUAAUAGACUUGUUGUGACCUGUCUUAGAAGUGGUCUUAAUCGAACAUUCCGGGUCCUACAAAAGCCAGAACGUGCUCCUAUAAGAGCUUUAAGAGCUUCUUCAUCUGGAAGGUACCUCCUUAUUUUGUUUCGUGAUGCUCCAGUAGAAGUAUGGGCUAUGACAAAGAGUCCCAUUAUGCUUAGAUCAUUAGCCCUUCCAUUCACAGUAUUGGAGUGGACGCUUCCAACUGCACCUCGGCCACUUCAAAAUGGGCCUUCUAGACAAUCAUCAUUAUUCUCGAAAGACAAUAGUAGUCCUGUUGCUUCAGCUGUCACAGCUUCUCCUACAAAAGCAUCUUCAACAGAUUCUAUAUGCUGCAACAAGCAACUGCAUUUUGCAGAGGCAACAAGCUUAGAAGGAUCUUCUGAUGACACGUCUGAAAGUUUUGCAUUUGCAUUAGUCAAUGGCGCUCUUGGAGUCUUUGAGGUUCAUGGACGAAGGAUCCGAGACUUCAGACCAAAAUGGCCUUCUUCUUCAUUUGUUUCAUCUGAUGGAUUAGUUACUGCUAUGGCAUACCGGCUUCCACAUGUAGUCAUGGGGGACAGAUCAGGGAACAUACGUUGGUGGGACGUGACAACAGGAUUUUCUUCAUCAUUUAAUACUCACAGGGAAGGAAUACGGAGAAUCAAAUUCUCCCCUGUUGUUCCCGGAGACCGUAGCCGAGGGCGUAUUGCUGUACUAUUUUACGACAACACCUUUUCAAUAUUUGAUCUUGAUACACAGGAUCCACUAGCCAAUGCCCUGUUACAACCACAGUCUCCUGGAACCCUUGUACUGGAGCUUGAUUGGUUGCCUUUGCGAACAGACAAAAAUGAACCACUGGUAUUAUGCAUUGCUGGGGCUGAUAGUAGCUUUCGCCUUAUUGAGGUUAACAUUGGUGAACCAAAGUCCCCGUUGGGAUCCCAGCCAAGAGCCAUUAAAGAGAGAUUCCGGCCAUUGCCACUAUGCUUGCCCAUUUUGUUUCCUACAGCACAUGCCUUGGCUUUACGGAUGAUCUUGCAAUUGGGGGUAAAGCCCUCUUGGUUCAAUACAUGCAGUACAACCACAGAUAGGUUUCCUGACCAUAUUCGAGGGAAUGCUCCAAUAUCUGCUGGAGACCUUCGUGGUUACAUGAUCGAGUCAAACCUUCCACCUGUUGGUGACUCUGUGGUGCCAGAAUUGCUUCUAAAGGUGUUAGAACCAUAUCGAAGAGAAGGAUGCAUACUCGACAGUAACAGAGCAGAGCUGUAUGCUACUAUAGUAAAUAAAGGUUCAGCAGCAAGGUUGGCCUUUGCUGCUGCAAUCUUCGGAGAAUCAUCAGAAGCCCUUUUCUGGUUACGGUUGCCUCAGGCUCUGUACCAUUUGAUGGAUAAAUCAUCUAACAAGACUGCUCACAGAGCUUCUCUAUCAGCAUCUAUUCCUGAACUUGGAGGCAUGUCUACGCCAAAUAGGAUAACAUCGAUGAGAAAAUCAAUGUCAGUAAAGGAGAAAAGAGAUAAUAGGAGUUAUGGGGGACUUAAGUUGAUGGCCUUCAAACAAGAAGAAUUGUGGGAAAGUGCCAGUGAGCGAAUUCCUUGGCAUGAAAAAUUGGAGGGAGAAGAGGCAAUCCAAAAGCGUGUUCAUGAGCUUGUCUCCAUUGGAAACCUAGAAGCAGCAGUGACUUUGCUGCUCUCUACCCCUCCAGAGGGCUCCCAUUUUUAUCCCAAUGCUCUCCGAGCAGUUGCACUUUCUUCUGCUGUUUCAAGGUCAUUGCAUGAACUUGCUGUUAAGGUUGUUGCAGCAAACAUGGUUAGAACUGACAAAUCAUUAUCUGGGAUUCAUCUUCUAAGUGCUGUUGGAAGGUAUCAAGAAGCCUGUUCUCAGCUACAAGAUGCUGGGUGCUGGACGGAUGCAGCGACUCUAGCGGCCACUCAUUUACAGGGAUCAGAUUAUGCAAGGGUGUUGCAAAGAUGGGCGGAUCAUGUCCUUCACACUGAACAUAACAUUUGGAGGGCCCUCAUCUUGUUUAUUGCAGCUGGUGCAUUGCAUGAGGCAUUAGCAGCACUCCGUGAUGCGCAGCAGGCAGACACAGCUGCGAUGUUGUUACUCACAUGCCAUGAAAUAAACGCAGAAAUUGUCUCGAAAUCUAGAAAGCCAGAUGAGUUGUCAAGGCCUGUAGCUGGAGAAAAACAACCGUUUGUCUUGCCUGGUAUAAAUCCGGAUCAUGAAGAUGUGCUUGCAGUUGGUGAAUAUUUUGGACAGUACCAGCGCAAAUUGGUACAUCUUUGCAUGGAUGCAGCCCCACUUUUCGACUGAGGCAGCAGGAAGGUUUUGGCGAAAAAGGCCUGCCAUGUCGGUACGACCAUUUAAUUGACAUUCAAAGUGCAAGGCUUUAUUUUUUUGCAUCGGUGGCGGCUGGUUUUGUCUUCACAAUCAGAGGUGUGUAUGGUGUCAAAUAAACCACUUUGCUGCACGGUACUUCAAGAUUUAUGGAGGCUACCAACUUAUGAUGGGUUUGUUGGGACAGACAACUUGGUUUACAAGCAAACCCACAAUUCGGUUUUUGGAUUCAUGGGACAGAAGACAGUUUACAAGGGAAACCUGCACCCGCAUCUUGCGUUCUUUGGGUUGCCGUUUGAUUGAUGAAACCUGAUGCAUUAUUUGGCAAAUGAGGUUAUCUACACAAGGUGGCUGGUUCCUCAUUUUCAAUUAAUGAAACAUGAUGCAUUAUUUGGGUAAAUGAAGUAUCUACACAAGGUGGCUGGUUCCUCAUUCUGUUGCAUAAGGUACUGAUUUUAAUUGCAGCAAUGGUAAUAUGGAUGCAAUUGUAUCAUGGAGUGAUAUCAUAUCUAACCGGAAAUGGAGAUUUUGUUUGUGAUUGAUGUUUCAUUGGAAGUAUUCAAAAUUAAAUGUAAGGAAUUUUUUUGUUAUUCAUGGAGAAUUGAUGAUGAUAAUGAUCAAAGCGCAAAGAUAUGAUUUGUAUGCUAA